CCUGCGCCCAUGCUGCCCCCAGACGCCUCCAGCCUCGUGCUGGAGCAGGGAGCCAUUGGGGGCAGUGAGGUGGGAGUGGGGCCCCCGGCCAUGAAGGCACCUCACCAGGCAGCGGGGCGCACGGACCAGAUGCUGGGGGCCAUGGCCGAUAUCCUGACCUCCAUGGCCCUCCCCAGCCAGCAGUGGCUGCCGGAUCUGUGCUCGGAGGGGCCGGGGGACGAGAUGCGGCCGGAGCACGGCCACUCCGAGGCCCCUGCAGGGAAUGGGGAGCCGCAUGGCGGGGACCCCCAGAGCAGGCCAGCAGCACCGGGGCCCCCCGUGCCCCAUGGCGUGGACCAGGCCCCAGACACCUGCCCUUCAGAAGAAGAGUCCUACUCCGUGGCAGGCAGUGAUGGCAGCAUCUCAGCCUCGGUGGCCUCCAUCCAGCCCCAGCCCUCGUCCGGCUCCGCGCCCAGCUCGCCCGGCUCCCGGCGCUCUGUCACCACCCUCAAGAAGUGGCUGACCACACCAGUGCGCAAGCUGAGCACCGGCAGCCUGGCCAAGGGCGAGCGGAAGCCGGAGGGUCGGCCCCGGCGCGGGCGCGAGGGCAGGCGGCACGGCCGGCAGGAGGAGAGGAAAAGCAUCGACCUGGGGCAGCUGGGCAAGGCCAACGAACCCCUCGCUGCCCUCCAAGAGCCCAAGGGCACGGAAUCGGGCCCCUUGGGGGGCGAGCAACUGCCGGGCCUGGCUCUGCUGUGCAGCCUGCUGGAGGGGGGUGCCGCAGAGGCAAGCACACAGGGCCCCAGCCCCCUUCAUAUCUCCAGUGACCCCCAAGGCCUGGCCCCCCCUGAAGAGCUCCCUGGGCUACCCCCAGAAGAGAUAACGAGUGAGGAGGAGAGAAAGAGUGCCUUAGAAAAGAGUAUGUUUGUCCUCACGGAGCUCGUGGAGACGGAGAAGAUGUACGUGGAGGACCUGGGCCAGAUAGUGGAGGGCUACAUGGCGACCAUGCGUGCCCGAGGCGUGCCCGAGGACAUGGAGGGCAAGGACAAGAUCAUCUUCGGGAACAUCCACCAGAUCUAUGACUGGCACAAGGAUUACUUCCUUAAAGAGCUGGAGAAAUGUCUGCACAACCCGGACCUGCUGGCGCAGCUCUUUAUAAAGCACGAGCGCCGUUUGCACAUGUACGUCGUUUACUGCCAGAACAAACCCAAAUCGGAGCACAUUGUCUCUGAGUACAUCGACUCCUAUUUUGAGGAGCUGAAGCAGGAGCUGGGCCACAGGCUGCAGCUCAAUGACCUGCUGAUCAAGCCGGUGCAGAGGAUCAUGAAAUACCAGCUGCUGCUCAAGGAUUUCCUGAAGUACUACAGCAAGGCCGGGAUGGACACAGAGCAGCUGGAGAAAGCCGUGGAGGUGAUGUGCUUCGUGCCCAAGCGCUGCAACGACAUGAUGAACGUGGGGCGGCUGCAGGGAUUUGAGGGCAAGCUGACGGCGCAGGGGAAGCUGCUGCAGCAGGACACCUUCUGGGUGACGGAGCAGGACGGCGGGUUCCUGCCGCGCUGCAGGGAGCGACGUGUCUUCCUCUUCGAGCAGCUCGUCAUCCUCAGCGAGCCCCUGGAGCGGCGCAAGGCCUUCGCCACGCCCGCCUACCUCUUCAAGAGCAGCAUCAAGGUCAGCUGCCUGGGGCUGGAGGAGGAUGUGGAGAACGACCCCUGCAAAUUUGCCCUGACGUCGCGGGGCGCCGACCGCAGCAGCAUCCGCUACGUGCUCCAGGCCACGACCCCAGAGAUCGCCCGGGCCUGGACGGCCGACAUCAGCCACAUCCUGGAGACCCAGCGUGACUUCCUCAAUGCGCUGCAGUCGCCCAUUGAGUACCAGCGGCGGGAGAGCAAGUCUCACAGCCUGGGCUGGGGGGGGGCCCUGCGGGCAUCGCCACCCAGCGGCCCCAUGCGGCCCCACUCCUCCGCCUCCAUGGACAGGAAAACGGGGCCCAGCCUCCGGGCCUACAACUCCUCCCUGCCCUCCAUCUACCUGCCCAGCAGCCACCCGCGCCCAGAGCACCCACCGCCCACUGAGCCUGCCCGCAACCAGAGCUCCCCCACGCCCAGGACGGCCUCCCCGGCCCACGUCUGCCUCAACUUCCCCGGGGGCCCCCAGCCAGGCGAGCCCCCCCCUGGGGCCCUGAGGGGGGCAGGCUGCCCGUUCCCUGAGCUGGGCUCUGACACCCCUGGCGCCCGGCUUGCCAAACUCGACGAAGACGAGCUGUGACCCACCCCCCACUGGGGACUCUGGAGGAUGCUGCUGCCCCCUCCCAGCCCAGCGAGUGACCCGUGAGGAAUGGCUGGGCCCCCCCUCAGAGACUGGAGUGAAGCUGGGGAGACCUGGAGCCCCGACCCCACACUGCCCCCCCCCCGGGAGGAGAGGCAGCCAGGCAGGGACCAUGGACAUGACCUUGAGCAUCUUCCUUUGGGCCAAGGACCCUCAUGCUGAGGGGGGUACGGGGCUCUGCCCCUCCCCCACCCAGGACCCUUCGGUGCAUGGAGCUGCCAUGGGGCUGGGCAGUGGGGUGCUGGGGAGGGGGGAAAUGGGGCUCUGGACAAAUGGGAAGGGUGCCUCUGCCCCCUCCUGGGAGCUGGGUUGGACCAAGCCGGACCCUGACCCCGUCGCCCUGACCCCCAGUUGCGGCCCCCACUUUGUGGGGUGGGGGUGUUCCCAGACGUCCCCACCUUGCUCCCUGGGGUUGUUUAGCAGCCCCAGGCUGUCAGGCCCUUCCCUUCCCUUCCCACCCAUCAUCUCUGGCCCCCGAGAUUGCAACAUGCCCCCCUGCCCCCAACCCUCUAGCCUGGCCCAGCUUCCCAGCCCAAAGGUGGCUUCUCUCCCAGGCUUCACCUCUCCCCAUGGGAAUCAGGCCCCCUUUCUGGACCAGGGAAUGCAAUGCAGGGCCCCCCUGGGUCUGCCCCCCAGGGACCUCACCCCCCUGGGCCCGCAGGCCCCUGUAUAUGCAUGCUGCCAGGCCCGGGCGGGGGAAUUAUUUUGUUUAAUAAAGUUUUUGGUUUAUCAA